AUGUAUUGGAGCCUAAGAGCAGUGACUUCUCUGUUCAAUAACGCUACUUUAGAACGAUUUAGACGUAAGAAACUGGAUGGAUCUCACGACAAGGAGAUCAACUCCUACUCCUUCCAGGAGUGUUUAGACGAAUGUAUGCGUCGUUACGGACGUGACUGUCGUUCUGUGGAGUUCAGUUCCCGCUACCACUCCUGUAGAUUCAGCAGCUACGAAGGUGGAUGGGGAACCGCUAGGCCUAAUCUAAUCGAUGAUGAUUAUUACGAUUACUACGAAUUCAGGUGGCUUCGAGGUGAUGGAAGACACGGAGGAGGUUUUACUCCAGAAAGAACUGAUUAUGGAGGUUUUGGUGGUGGAAAAUGGGGAGGAGGAUGGAGCGACAGUAAAACAGGAAUAGGACGGCAUCCACGCCCACCUCUUCCUCCUCCACCGCCACCACCUCACUGGGAAAGAUAUGGUGGGAGACCCGAAGGGAACUACGGUGGUCGUUAUGGCGGAUCACAUGGUGCUGGUGGCGGCUACGACAGACUACCUCCUGGGCCACCUCCUCCACCACCACUACCACCUGGUCCUAACUCGAUCUAUCCACCUAGGCUUCCUGGCCCACCCAUUCCACCAGGACCAGGAGGGCUGGGUUAUCCCACAUGCGCGGACCAUGGUAGAGGUGGCGCUCCAGGGGGCGAUGUGUUUCAAAGAGUUGGAUUUGGACAAAGACUUCGAAGCUUCUAUGUCCGUAAAGUGGUACGAGCUGACAGGGUAGAAGACUGUGAACGCGCGUGCAUUGAAGCACGUGAUUUUGAAUGUAGAUCUUUCAACUUUAGGUCCUUCUUUCCUGAGAACUGCGAGCUGAGUGAUAUUGACACGACUCAGGUACAACUGAGUAACCCCAGCCAUUUCGAUGACAACACCCAGUUUGAUUUCUACGAGCGAGAUGGGCCAGGGCCAGGUCGUCAUUGUUUGGAUGUUAGCCAAUCUUGUUCUCCUGACGGCAUGGAUUUCUCACUUCGAACACCAGGUGGCUUCUAUGGUCGUAUUUAUACAUAUGGGUUCUAUGACACGUGCUUCUAUGAUGGCAAUGGCGGGAAUAUUAAUGUGCUACGUAUAAGUCGAGCGAAUGGUUUUCCACGAUGUGGAACACAACAGUAUGGAGAUGUUAUGACCAACAUUGUUGUAGUACAGUUUAACGACUACGUGCAGACGUCACGUGACAAGGUAUAUAACCUCACUUGUUACCUUUCUGGAGUCGGAGAAACGGUAGUGACGUCAAAUUAUCUAGACUCUCGAACUGACGGACGCUACCCAACUCAGAUCGAACAUCUGCCGGCACAGAAUAUCCUGACCUCUAGCGUCGUCCUUCGAAUCUUGUACCGUGGCACUCCAACAAAUACGAUAGCAGUAGGAGAUUUGUUAACGUUUAGGUUGGAGGCGAGGGGACAGUAUCGAUAUGACUUCUUUACUGGUGAUAUUUUUGCAACUAACGUCAUCGCUAAGGAUCCUUAUUCAGGAAGGGAAGUACAACUGAUUGACUCAAGAGGCUGUCCUAUUGACCUUUAUGUCUUUCCUGAAUUGCAUCGAACACCAGAUGGCGCCCUUGAAGCAGAUUUUUAUGCUUUUAAGAUUCCCGAUUCUAAUUUAUUGGUCUUCCAGGCAACAGUUCGUACUUGCCGUGGCCCGUGUGAACCAAUCAUAUGUAGUGACCCUGGCAGACCCGGAACAUUUCCCUCUUGGGGACGCCGAAAGAGAUCUGUUUCGAAUGGCACAGAAAUUUCAGGACCUGCCGCCUCACCCAUCCACAUAGGCCAAAGUAGCACAAUAGCAUCGCCAUCUAAUGGUACAAACGAAGAGGAGAAAGAGGAAGUACAUGAACUUCUGAAUGUUUAUCUAUCACGGUCUGACAUACCUUCUGAGGGUCCAACAGCAGGUAAAAACUUGCUAAAUAUCUUGUACAUAAUGCUAUUGAAACAGGCAGAUGCCGACAGUACCUCACCUAGUACAGCUAAUCUGUACGUGUCCCAGUUCCAAGCACCCAGAUUUGAAGACCCCAGUGAACCCAUCUACACAGACCCAUCUCUGUUCGAACGGUCACGCAGUUUGAGUAGCAUGACCAUAUCAAACUUGGACAACAUGAAACCCAAGACGGACCUCGAUUCCUGAAUUCCAUUUCUACCGGAAAUCUUUUAUGUGUGCUAAAAAAUGCACUAUAUCUUGAUCUGCUUAUUCACCAAAUUCUUCUGGAAGCUGUGACAUGUUGUACUUGCUGUCAUUUUUAUUCAUCAACCACAACUGUGUGCAGUCUCGCCUGUUAUAAGUUACAAAUAUGUGUGCGUCCCUUAUAAUCAUAUUUUGUCCAAAGAAAAAAUAACUUCACACUUAUUAUAAUCACUGAUUCACUUUUACUGCUGUCUCUUCUUACUUGAAAUCAUCCAUUUUAAUAGGGGUUGUCUUUGAUAUAAUCUAGCAGAUAUUACAACUCCCAGGGGUUUUUAAUGUUGUUGUGGAUUGUAAACAAUAACGGCUAUUUUCAUGCACUAAGAAGAAAUAACUUUCGUUUACUAAAAAAACUUUGUAUUCAAAACUCCUAAAUUAUGCACAAGAAUUGCACAACCGCAAACAGUAUUUGAAAUUUUUAUUAGUCUAUAAUUAUGUUUAAUGAAACUUAUGCUCACUUUCACAUAUAUUGUCUAAAUAAGUUAACUACACACAUUUCUUGUUUCUGUACUUUAGUAAACACAUAUAGAUUGUCUAAAUAAGUUAACUACACACAUUUCUUGUUUCUGUACUUU